GAAGAGAGGUGGAAGAGAGCGACUGUGGACAUCAGUGGAGUGAGAAGAGGUUUUCCGCUAUCUGAUCAAAAUGAUGAACAAUAUGAAUAUAAACAUGAUGCAUGCACAGCAACAGCCGAAUCCCCAACAGCUCCAACAACAGCAAUUGCAGCAACAACAAAUGCAGCAGCAGGCACAACAACAACAACAACAGCAGCAACAACAACAGCAGCAGCAGCAGCAACAACAACAGCAGUCACCUUUAGACAAUAUUUCUAAAGUCAAAUCACUGGUUGGUCCAUUGAGAGAAUCGUUAUCGAAUACUAUCAAGACAGCAGCACAAACACUGAAUCAGAAUAGCCAAAUUGACAUUGGAUCACAGAAAGGAAUGGAAAUGCAAAUACCUAGGUUUGAUAAGAAUUUGGAAGAAUUCUAUACCAUAUGUGACCAAAUAGAACUUAAUUUGAAAACGUCGAUCAAGUGCUUGACCCAGCAGGAGAGCAGCACCAGAUAUCUGAACUUGCCUGUUGCCCCCACAAAGACUGAGAGCAUAGGACUUAAUGAUAACACCUUGACAUACCCUCAGUUCCUAGCUACUGCAGGCGCGCAAGUGGCUUACACAAAGGAGAUUCAUGAUACCCUGGUCGCUGCGGCUCAAAAUAUUUCCCCUUCUGAUUGAUACUCUCAACAGUAUUAAUGUAUGAUUGAUACCUUAGUUAACAUUUAACAAAUAGAUGAUCUACUGGAGAACCAAUGUUGUGAUGCGUGGUUCGCGAACGAUUCUUAUGACUGAACUAAGUGCACUAGUUCAUCUUUCGUCGAAAAACAAGUUACUCGGUCAGCAUGAAAGGCUAGUAUUACAAGAGACGGGGAACACUACCGUAGGCAACCAAGUAAGCAGACGGUUGUAUAACUGUUUGCCUGUAUAGAAUCAUGGUUCAAGGAUAUCGAGCAGGACAAAAUUAAGUGAGAAAGAUAAUAACAAAUGCUGUUAGUUACAAAGGCUGAAAGAAAUGAAAAUUAGCUAACUUUUAGACACCAUCACGUAACAAGCUAAAUAUCAAUACUAGAGUGAAAAUGUUAAUUGACUACAAAUUUCCAUUUGAAAUCAUUGUUUUUUAACUUUAUCGGCUUCUGAUCUGUAUCUUAGCUUUCGUCUGCUAUCCUAAAAUAGAGGACCAUUCUCCUGAACUCCAAAUCAAAGGUUAUCAUUAAAAAUCUUUCGAAAUAGCGAAAAAACAAAAAACAGUUCCUCACAUUAUUUGAGAUUGCUAGAAAAUGUAUAUCUCAUAGCUACGUCUACUAUGUAAGCGACAGUUUAAACUAUUUUAACAAAAACAAAAAAAUGGAAUACAAAAAAUCAUUAAUACGGGGAGUUCCAUCGAAAUACUCCGCGCCCGACUCUGCUUAACGCGUUUUCACUGGUAUGAUAACAUAGUGUGGUAUUGUUAGUAAAAUAGUUCAUUUGCAAAAGAGUUCAAGGAACUAGGGAAUGUCUGGAAUAUGCUUUAGAGUUUAUGUUGUCAGUGAAAUCGUCUAACACCACAAUUAUCUGCAAACACUCGCAUUUUUAAAAAAUAACAUUAAACAUAAGAAUUUAAUGACAUAACUGUAAAAAUUCAUUUAUAUUAAGUGCACCUUGAUCCUAACAUACUAUGAAAACUAUUAGACAAAUCCUUGACUGGCUCCUUCUAACGAGUCCGAAUUCGUUGGGCCACAGCGCCAUCUAACAGUAAAUACUGAUCGCAUGACAUUGGAAAUUCACCUAUAAGCAUCCAGUGGAUCACCCUCUAUAUCAGUGGCGGCUCGUGGUAUUUGAGUUUGGGGGGCGCAAAAUCUAAUUCAAAAAAUUUUACAUGCAAUUUGGCAAUAUUUUAUUGACAUAAAACGCUUCAAAUCAAAAAAUCAACUGUUAGUCGUUUAGAGCUAGCGUCAUAAAUAUACAUAAUACUGAAAUGGCAAAAUAUAAAAAUACUAAUAUUAUGCUUGUAAAAUAAUACAAUGCAUUAAAAUAUCUUACCUUAAAAAAAAACAGCAAAGAUGAAAGAAAUGAUAAUACAUGCACAUAACACAAAAUAAGCUUCUGUUUAUAAUACAGUAAAUUUAAAAACAAUCAUUGUUUAAAAACAAAAUCGGCUCUACGAUCUUUUAGAGAUAUAAAUUUUUCCAUAACUUUUUCAUCAAAACUAUGUAUUUCAUGAGUCAAGUUUCUGUUUAUUGACAACAUAGCUAGAGCAUUUAGUCGAUCAUUUCGCAUACUGUUUCUUAAAAAUGUCUUUAUGCGUUUAAGAGUUGAAAAACAACGUUCUGAUUCUGCUGUGGUCACUGGGGUAGUCACAAUGAUUUUUAACAAUUUUAUAACUUCCACAAAUGUAUCGCAAAGAUUGUUCGUAACAAGAAAAGACAAUAAAUUCAUAGCACCAACGAUUUCCUUUAAGUCUUCCCUGGAGUAUAUAACUUCUAAUUCCGUUUUCAGUCUGGCUUUACACAACAUUGGAUAAAAAGUAGCUACGGCAUCCAAAAUAGCAGAAGGGAAAUUCCGGGAAUAUUUCAAAUAUGCCUCUGUAUUAAACAAUUCGGCUGCCUGUAAAUGACCUCGAAAGGAAAAUCUAUCUUUUACUUGCAUUGUUAUUAUGUCGCAGACUUCUUUGGCAAUGACCCCUCGUAUACUGUCGUCAGUUCUUCUUCUUUUAUUAGAUUCAAACUUUGUUUCGGUGUAUUUUUUAAUAUCAUCAAUUUGACCUCUUAUAUUGUCGAUACUCUUUUCAAAAAUUACUAAGUCCUUUUGUAAUUGAACACUAUCUUGAUUUCUUGACUGCAGCUGGUUAUAAAGGAUGUCAACAUGCGGAAAUAUUUUAUGGAAUACUGUCAACCAAAACAAGAAUUCUUGAUCUUCUAACGCUCUUCUCAAACUUGAAGCUUCAUUUAAAGUAACACCUCUAUUACAUCUCUCUUCUAUUUCUUCAAACACCUCUAUGAGCUUCUCACGAUGUUCAUAGACAAAGUUAACUGUACGAAUGUUAUAGUUCCAUCUAGUAGCAGCUACUCUGGGGAUUUUCUUAUUUAUAAUUUCUUCUAAAA